CGCUGAUCCUCUAGGGUUCAGGGUGAAGCACGCGUGGGCUUCAGGCGGCUCUCUCUGCUCUCCAUCCUCUUCCCACCGCUGGAAGCCCUCCCAACUCUAAAUGGAAUUAGUGGAGAUCGAAGCCCCUUGUAUAAGGAACAGACAUGGUCCAUGGGCGCAGCUUGUUUCACAUUGUAGCAAGUUUUAUCAUUCUACACUGGAGUGGGGCUACAAAAAAAGGAGCAGAAAAGCAAACCACACCAGAAGGACAAAAGACAGUACAGUGUGGAACGUGGACAAAAUACCCAGAAGGAGGCAUCUUUACUUCUCCCAAUUACCCCAACAAAUAUCCUCCUGAGAGAGAGUGUGUCUACAUUAUAGAAGCUGCACCAAGACAAUGUAUUGAGUUACAUUUUGAUGAAAAAUAUUCCAUAGAGACUUCUUGGGAGUGUAAGUUUGAUCAUAUUGAAGUGCGGGAUGGACCUUUUGGCUUUUCCCCAAUAAUUGGUCGUUUCUGUGGACAACAAAACCCACCUAAAAUAAAAUCCAGUGGCAGAUUCCUGUGGAUUAAAUUUUUUGCUGAUGGUGAACUUGAAUCUUUAGGAUUUUCUGCACGAUAUAAUUUCACACCUGAUCCAGACUUCAAGGACCUUGGGGUUUUGAAACCAUUGCCAGUUUGUGAGUUUGAGAUGGGAGGAUCUGAAGGAAUUGUGGAAUCUGUGCAAAUUGGGAAAGAAGGGAAAGCUUCUGACACUGAGGCAGUUGAUUGUAAAUGGUACAUCCGAGCACCACCACGAUCCAAGAUAUAUUUACGGUUCUUGGACUAUGAAAUGCAGAAUUCUAAUGAAUGCAAAAGGAAUUUUGUGGCUGUCUAUGAUGGAAGUAGCUCAGUGGAAGAUUUAAAAGCUAAGUUUUGCAGCACUGUUGCUAAUGAUGUGAUGCUGCGCACAGGUCUUGGAGUGAUCCGCAUGUGGGCAGAUGAAGGCAGUCGAAGCAGCCGAUUCCAGAUGCUCUUCACAUCUUUUCAAGAACCGCCCUGUGAAGCCAAUACAUUCUUUUGCCAUAGUAAUAUGUGCAUUAACAAUACAUUGGUCUGCAAUGGACUCCAGAACUGUGUAUAUCCAUGGGAUGAAAACCACUGCAAUGAAAAGAGAAAAGCUAACCUAUUGGACCAGCUUACCAAUACCAGUGGGACAAUAAUUGGGGUGACCUCUUGUAUUGUGAUCCUUCUUAUCAUUAUCUCUGUCAUAGUACAGAUCAAACAGCCUCGUAAAAAAUUCAUCCAGAGGAAAACAGACUUUGAUCAAACAGUAUUCCAGGAGGUGUUUGAGCCUCCUCACUAUGAGUUAUGCACUCUUAGAGGGACAGGGGCUACAGCAGACCUUGCAGAUAUUGCAGAUGACUUUGAAAAUUAUCAUAAACUGCGGAGAUCAUCUUCAAAAUGCAUUCAUGACCACCACUGUGGAUCACAGUUAUCUAGCACUAAGGGCAGCCGUAGUAACCUCAGCACAAGAGAUACGCCUAUCUUGACAGAAAUUCAACCUCAACCUGUAAAGCCCCUCAUCCAACCAAUGAACAGAAGAAAUAUCCUUGUCAUGAAGCAUAGCUACUCACAAGAUGCUGCAGAUGCCUGCGAGAUAGAUGAAAUCGAAGAGGUACCAACCACGAGUCACAGGCUGUCCAGGCAUGAUAAAGCUGUACAGCGGUUCUGCCUCAUUGGGUCUCUAAACAAACAUGAAUCUGAGUACAACACAACUAGGGUGUAAAAGACAAACUGAAGACUGCUUGGGAAUAAUGUGAUCCUGGGUGCUUUUGAAUACACUACAGUGAAUUGUGAAAAUGUCGG